CAGCGAUUAAAAUGGGCUGCUGCUCGGCUAAUAGAAAUAUAAAUCGCGUUGGGAACGGCUUUGGUCGAAGUUUCGAACAGCCACAACUCGCUGCGCACCCGACACUACUAUUAAUAUCCUGAUGUGCCAUAAUGGAUCACGAUUCGGAUUAUCCCUUAACCCCCUCGCAGGUCCAGUUCUUCCAGGACCGAGGCUACCUGCUCAUCCGCAAUUUCUUGCCCGCUUCUGAAUCAUCUCUGCUUCAGCAAUGGGCACAGGAAAUUCACGAUCUUCCGCGAACGGAAGAUGUGCCGUGGAUGCCGUACGAGGAAGUCAACGCACAGGGCAAAAAGGUACUGUGCCGCACGGAGAAUUUCGCCAACACACAUGCCGGGUUCAAUAGCUUCCUGCGCGGCUCCCGCGCUGCAAGUGUUUUGGAGCAGUUGGCGGGCGAGAAGAUGUUUCUGUUCAAGGAGAAAAUAAACUACAAGCUUGCUGGCAGUGGCGGUUUUGACCCUCAUAUCGACGCCAACGCAUACACCCACGUAAAGGAUAUCAAACACCUGACCAUUCUAGCCGCCGUCGACGAGAUGACAGGGGAGAACGGUGGUCUUGAAGUCGUCGAAGGAAGUCAUCAUGAAAACAUUCCUCUCGGAAAGGAUCGUUGCAUUGAGAAAUCCUGGGUUGAUGAAAACGCCUGGGUUCCCUGCAGUUUGCAGCCUGGUGAUAUAUUAUUUUUCGGCUCGUAUCUGGCGCAUCGCAGUGGUCCCAAUAAAAGUGCCAAAGACCGACGCGCGAUUUAUGCGACGUAUAAUUGUGCCUCGGAAGGCGAUUUGCAUGAUCAAUACUAUGAAGACCGACGGAAGCUGUGGCCGGCCACUCACCUACGCAAGGAGGGUGUCUCCUACGAGGAAGGGGGAGAGCGAUAUGCAUUUGGAACGCCUAUGUUAACGGUUGAUACAUAGAAGGUAACCAUUUAGAUAUAUUCCAAGUGUAGGGGAAAGAUUGUAAAUGUAAAUCAAGAAUAUAGGGUUAGGGCUAGGGCUACAGAACCUCCACCCUAGUGAUAAGGGCGAUUUCAGAUAAGCCAGUACUCAGAGAGGAAAGAAAGAAUCACCACUAGGUGAUGUUAUUAAUAUUAAGUAGAAGGCUCGAUUUCGCUUUUGAUAAGGUAAAUUGGCGGCACGUGAAUGUAAUCUUCGGACAGCGUUCCGGCGUUGCGUCAAUACCUAGAUUUUUUUUUCCUAUAAAGCUUCUCGC